GACUUCCGGCCGGCGGCGCUGGGCGGGGGGCGCGCAGCCGCCGCUCCCCUCCCCCGGCACCGAAACCCCCCCCCGCUGCCACCGCUCCAGGCCCGGUUCGGCCCGGCGGCAGCCGCAGCGCUCGCCUCGUCCUCCGGGGCAGCUGUCAGCCCCGGUGCCUCCCCGUACCCCCGGGGCUCUCUGCCCCACGGGCCCCCAUAGCCCAGCACGGCGGCAGGGGGGGCCAAGCGUGGUCGAAGAGCAGCCCCCCCCCUCCCCCCCAUCCCCACCCCUCUCCCCCGUGUUCCCCGCCUCCCUCACGGGCCUGGUGACCCCCGCACAUCCCCACUGCCGGAGCGCGGAGUGCUGCGGGGGUACCGGGGGGUGCCCGUAGAGCCCCCCCAUCCUCCAGCCGGGAAGGACUGGGGGGGGCAGCGGGGACUAAAGUGGGGACGUAGAGGGGGGGCUUGACCUGAGAGGAGCCCCCCCUCCCUCCCCCCGCUUCGGGUAGGGGCUCCCCCCAGCAGCAAUGGAGAUGCAGAAGGGGAAGGGGGGAGCGGCAGGAGGAGGAGGAGGAGGAGGCAAGUUGCUGCUCUCCACCCUUCUGGAUGCCAAGGAUGAGUUGGAGGAGAGGCUGGAGAGGUGCGUGGGCAUCGUGACUUCGCUGACCAACGGGCUGUCGGAGCGAGAGGCCAACGAUGCCCUGAAUGCACACAUAUGCAAAGGAGCCUCCCAACACGAGGAGAUCUGCCUGGGCCUUUUCACUCUGGUCCUGACCGAACCCACUCAGGCACAGAAGUGCUACCGGGACCUGGCCCUGGUGAGCAGAGAUGGAAUGAACAUCGUCCUCAACAAGAUCAACCAGAUCCUCAUGGAGAAGUACCUGAAGCUGCAGGAUACCUGUCGCACCCAGCUGCUGUGGCUGCUGAGGGAGCUGGUGAAGAGCGGCGUGCUCGGCGCCGACGGCGUCUGCAUGACCUUCAUGAAGCAGAUUGCAGGGGGGGAUGUGACAGCAAAGAACAUCUGGCUGGCAGAGAACGUCCUGGAGAUCCUGACGGAGCAGAGGGAAUGGGUACUGAAGAGCAGCAUCCUGAUAGCCAUGGCUGUGUACACCUACCUGCGGCUCAUCGUGGACCAUCACGGCACGGCGCCGCUGCAGGCGCUGCGUCAGAAGGAGGUGGAUUUUUGCAUCUCCCUCCUCCGGGAACGGUUCAUGGAUUGCUUCAUGAUCGGCCGCGACCUCGUGCGGCUCCUGCAGAACGUGGCCAGGAUCCCUGAGUUCGAGCAGCUCUGGAAGGACAUCAUCCACAACCCACAGGUGCUCAGCACGCAGUUCACAGGUGUCCUACAGCUCCUCCAGUCCAGGACCUCGCGCAAAUUCCUGGCGUGCCGCCUCACCCCCGACAUGGAGACCAAACUGCUCUUCAUGACCUCGAGGGUGCGGUUCGGGCAGCAGAAGCGGUACCAGGACUGGUUCCAGAGGCAAUACCUGUCCACCCCCGACAGCCAGUCCCUGCGCUGCGACCUCAUCCGUUACAUCUGCGGCGUGGUGCACCCGUCCAACGAGGUGCUCAGCUCCGACAUCCUGCCUCGCUGGGCCAUCAUCGGCUGGCUGCUCACCACCUGCACGUCCAACGUUGCUGCUUCCAAUGCCAAACUGGCUCUGUUCUACGAUUGGCUCUUCUUCAACCCUGAGAAGGACAGCAUCAUGAACAUAGAGCCUGCCAUCCUUGUGAUGCAUCACUCCAUGAAGCCUCACCCUGCCAUCACCGCCACGCUGCUGGAUUUCAUGUGCCGGAUCAUUCCCAAUUUUUACCCCCCUCUGGAAGCUCACGUUCGCCAGGGGGUCUUCAACUCCCUCACCCACAUCGUGGAGAAGCGCGUCCUCGCCCACCUGGCUCCUCUCUUUGACAACCCCAAGCUGGACAAGGAGCUCCGAGCCAUGCUGAGGGAGAAGUUCCCAGAGUUCUGCAGCUCCCCCUCGCCCCCCAUCGAAGUCAAAAUCGAGGAGCCCGUUUCCAUGGAGAUGGACAAUCACAUGUCAGACAAAGAUGACAGUUGCUAUGACAACGCCGAGGCCGCCUUCAGUGAUGAUGAAGAGGACCUGAACAGCAAAGGGAAGAAAAGGGAGUUCAGGUUUCAUCCGAUCAAAGAAACCAUCGUGGAGGAACCCGUGGACAUCACGCCGUUCCUGGACCAGCUGGACGAGUCUCUGAAGGACAAAGUGCUGCAGCUGCAGAAGGGGAGCGAUACGGAAGCUCAGUGUGAGGUCAUGCAGGAAAUCGUGGAUCAAGUCCUGGAGGAGGACUUUGACUCCGAGCAGCUCUCAGUGCUUGCCUCCUGCCUCCAGGAGCUCUUUAAGGCUCACUUCCGCGGGGAGGUUUUGCCGGAAGAGAUCACAGAGGAGUCUCUGGAGGAGUCGGUGGGGAAACCGCUCUACCUCAUCUUCAGGAACCUGUGCCAGAUGCAGGAGGACAACAGCGGCUUCUCCCUGCUGCUGGAUCUCCUGUCGGAGCUCUACCAGAAGCAGCCCAAAAUCGGGUACCACCUCCUCUAUUACCUAAAAGCCAGCAAAGCAGCAGCAGGGAAGAUGAACCUUUACGAGUCCUUCGCUCAGGCCACGCAGCUGGGGGACCUGCACACGUGUCUGAUGAUGGACAUGAAGGCCUGCCAGGAGGACGACGUGCGCCUGCUCUGCUACCUCACCCCGUCCAUCUACACCGAGUUCCCAGACGAGACGCUGCGCAGCGGCGAGCUGCUCAACAUGAUCGUGGCCGUCAUCGACUCGGCGCAGCUGCAGGAGUUGGUUUGCCACGUGAUGAUGGGGAACCUCGUCAUGUUCCGCAAGGAUUCCGUGCUCAACAUCCUCAUUCAGAGCCUGGAUUGGGAGACCUUUGAGCAGUACUGCACGUGGCAGCUCUUCCUGGCGCACAGCAUCCCCUUGGAGGCCAUCAUCCCCAUCCUGCAGCACCUCAAGUACAAAGAGCACCCCGAGGCUCUCUCCUGUUUGCUGCUGCAGCUGCGCCGAGAGAAGCCCAGCGAGGAGAUGGUGAAGAUGGUGCUGAGCCGCCCGUGCCACCCCGACGAUCAGUUCACCACCAGCAUCCUGCGGCACUGGGGGCUGAAGCACGACGACCUGCUGGCCGAGCACAUCAAGGCGCUGCUCAUCAAGAACAACAGCCUGCCCAGGAAGAGGCAGAGGACCAACGGGCGCUCGCGCUCUGCCCCCAGCCUGCGCAGCUCCAGCAGCAAACUGGCCCAGCUCACCCUGGAGCAGAUCCUGGAGCACCUGGACAGCCUGCGCCUCAACCUGGCCAACACCAAGCAGAACUUUUUCAGCCAGACGCCCAUCCUGCAGGCCCUGCAGCACGUCCAGGCCAGCUGCGACGAGGCGCAUAAGAUGAAGUUCAGCGACCUUUUCUCCCUGGCUGAGGAAUACGAGGAUUCGUCCAGCAAACCCCCCAAGAGCCGCCGCAAGGCCGCCCUCGCCAGCCCCCGCAGCCGCAAGAGCGCCGCGCAGCCCCCCAACAACGAGGAGGAGUCGGCGUCCAGCAGCGCCUCGGAGGAGGAGGACACCAAACCCAAACCCACCAAGCGGAAGCGGAAGGGCUCCUCGGCCGUGGGCUCCGACAGCGACUGAGAUGCCGCGGGGCAGAGCGGCUCCCGCUGCGCUGCUCCGCGCCCCCUUUGGAGCGGCGCCCCCUGGUGGCGGGGGGUGGAACCGC